AUAUAAUUUCAUGAAUUCAUUUAGUCAUUUAUUGCAUAUUUACUGCUGUGUGUUUCCUCAGAGGACUGAUCUUAUUUUAAUGAAGAGAUGAAGGCAGAACAGCAAAUCAUUAUUUUCAUUUGUUUGUUACAAGGUGUUUGGUGUGGAGGAUGGAGCAUCAGUCUGCCAAAAAAUAUUGAAGCUCUGAGUGGAUCCUGUGUGACCAUAAACUGCAGAUUUACUAUUGAAAACAUAUAUGACAAAUAUCUCACUGACAGUGCUGGAGGAGUGUGGUAUAAAGAUUGGACUGAGUCAACAAAAAAUGUAGUGUUUGACUCCAGCAAGCCCAAUCUCUCUUUUAAAGGGAACAUAACUGGAAAAUUAAAACACAAGGACUGCACUACCAUUUUUUAUGACGUUACUUUAAAUCACAAGGGCAGAUUUAACUUUAAGAUUGAGGGAAAUUAUCCACUGAAAUGGACCUAUAAAGGAAUUGAGGAAUAUGUUUUAAUAGAUGUCAUCGACUCUCCCCCCAAUCCCACAGUGCAGAUGUUUAAGGAUCAGAUGGAGGUUAAGGUUCAUGAGGUGUUAGAGAGGAGCUCUAUGUGUCUGCGCUGCUCUGCUAAGACUCUCUGCUCCUCUUCUCCACCAACUCUCACAUGGAGCUCCACUGACAGACUCCACCUCAAUGAGAACAGCAGACUACAGCUGGAUCAACAGAAUCAAACUGAGAUCAUCUCUGAUCUGAACUUCACUGCUACUCACCUUCAACAUGGAGUCACUUUCAUCUGCACUAUAACCUACCAGCUACAGCAGAGGAACACAACAGCACAGAACUUCAUAACAUUACAUGUUCAGUAUGCAGCCAAAAUCUCUCUCUUCAGCUGUAACAGAACUGAUGUAACUGUGUGUCUGUGUGAGGCUCAUGGGAAUCCCUCUCCUAAAGUGGAGUGGUUUCUAUCUGGACGUCCUGUCAGUACAAACACAUCUAUCAGUGAGGAGCGAUUGAACAGCACAAACUUGAGGAGCUUCAUUUCUCUCCAUCAGUCACUUACACACACAGACACUCUGCAGUGUGUCACCACCAACACUCACGGCACUGCCAGUCAUCAGAUUCAACGGCUUCACUGUUCUCAUGAGAUGAUUGAUUCCUCAUCAGGUUUCAGUCUUUACUCUGUGCUGAUUGGAGCUGCUAUUGGAGCUUCAGUUGUGAUGAUCUUGUGUGUCAUUCAACAUCUCUGUAAACGAAAUAAAAACAGCAGAUCCUCAAAUACAAGACGAGAAGAUACCACUGGACUUAUUCUGACUGACAGGGAGAAUGAAGAACCUGUUUAUGCCAAUAAGGAAGAAACUUCACUGAAUUACCCACAAUCUCUUCAUUAUUCCUCCAUUGACUUCACAAACACCCAAAUAGAGUCAGAAGAGAUCAGGGGCGUCUCCUCACUUACUGCUGUCUAUGCUGAUGUCCGACAUUAUUCAGGACAAGAGGAAGCACAGAGCUUUGUGGGAAACGUUGAACCAAUGACCAAUAGCAACAUAUCAACAGUUGAGAUAGCAGACAGGAAAGCAAGAGAUCCAGAAUUUGACAUCAGUACAGACACUAAGCAAACUCAGUCAAAGAAAACUUACCCAGAUUUGUUUACACAGCCAGAGGAAAUUUCUGAACUUUAUGCUCAAGUAAAAUAUUGCCAUCCAAAGAACUAAAAAAUAGGCCACUUUCUAAAAUGUUACAUUUUAUGUCUUUUUGAACAGUCAAGAUUUUUAAAAUAUUCCUACAGAGACUUUUAAAUAUAAAAUAAGGCAUCAGAGCCAAUGUAAUGUUUGAUGCUUGAGUUUAUUGUUGUGCCAUUAACAUAUACAGUAUUAAUCAUAGAUUUUUUUCUGCUUUAAAUGUAUUUUUGUGUGUGUAUAAUAUUUUUCGUAAUUGAAUUUUAUUCUUUAAUCUAUAAUUGUAGAGAUUCUCAAGCAUGUUAACAUUAAAAUAAUGUAAAUCACAAACAUUUGUAAAAAUAUAUUACCACAGGAAUAU